AUGGGAUGGAUCCGGUCCUGGGGAAAUGGCGAUAUGAUUGGACACGCCAAAACCAACAAUCCUGAUCCUCGCGUCGCAGAACCGAGGAAUGCGGUUGCUUUGUUUUGCAUAUACAUGUUAUCCCCGCAGAAAGUCAACAAACCGUGGGGAAAUCCGAAGAUCAUCGCGAUAGUGAACAGGUGCGGAAUGAUCAUCGAAGAGCCUCGCCUCCUCUUCUCAUCUUCCUCACUUUCGCUACGAAGAUUACGGACAGCUUCAAAUUCCGUGGCGAAGACGACGACAAUGGCGACCAUGUCCAUGUCCCAAGAAGGGGUCGCCAGUCCUGCGCCAAACGAGGACGCCGGGGAGAAGAGACUUGAUGCCGGUGGAGAUGCAAGCGCCUCGGUCUCUGCUUCGAGACCGGGUAGUGACGAGAAGCGAAGAUUUUCUCGCAUCAGAGAUAAUCAGUUUGCAAGCAAGAUCUGGAGGGUCGUGUCUUGGACUCCCAAGAGAUGCAGGUGGGAUCCAGAUUCGCCACCCAAAUUCGGUCUUGCAUUAAACCUUCUGUUUGCCUUCGCUGGGACGUUCACAGUGGCAAACCUCUACUACAGUCACCCAAUCCUCAAUAUAUUGGCCGCCGAGUUCAAUGUUUCCAAUGAGAAGGCGGCUCAAGUACCGACGAUGGCACAAGCAGGCUAUGCCGCAGGCCUGCUAUUCAUAUGUCCUCUGGGCGACAUAUUACGUCGUCGAGCAUUCGUGCUUACCCUUGUCUUUUUUACUGCUACAAUGUACACUUCCUGGCGGUCGAUCUACUGGUUCUCCUUCGGCGUCCAAUACCUCAUCUUCAUCCUCCUCUUUCUGUUCAUGCCAGACUAUCCCUCGACCAAUCCGGACGGCAUAAACUACUUCCACAUCCUCCGCUCUAUCCUGAAGAUGCUCUUCAAACAUCCCGUGCUCGUCCAAGCCUGCCUCGUCGGGUUCCUCGCCUCGUCAAUCUUCACCAGCUACUGGACAACCCUAACCUUCCUCCUCUCCUCCCCACCCUACAGCUACAAGCCCCUCAUCAUCGGUCUCUUCGCCCUCAUCGGCAUCGGCGCCGUCUGUCUCGGCCCCAUCUACUCACGCGCCGUAAUCGACAAGUUCGUCCCGGUCUUCAGCGUCGUGCUCGGCCUCCUCUACUGCCUCGCCGGCACCAUCAUCGGCACCUACACCGGCAAGUUCACCGUCGCGGGGCCCAUCAUCCAAGCCUUCGCCAUCGACUUCGGGCUCCAAUCCUCGCAGAUCGCGAACCGGUCCGCCAUCUAUGCCAUCGAGCCGAAGGCCCGCAACAGGGUCAACACCGCCUACAUGGUGUGCGUGUUCUGCGGGCAGCUGACCGGCACGGCGGCCGGGAACAGGCUGUAUGCGCAGGGCGGGUGGAUCGCGAGCGGGAGUGCGAGCGUGGGCAUGGUGUGCGGUGCGCUACUGGUGUGUUUCGUGCGGUCGCCGUGGAACCCGGGCUGGGUUGGGUGGAAAGGGGGCUGGAGCAUCAAGAGGAGGGAUCUGGGGCCGAAGGCAGAAGAGACGGCUGUGGAGCAGGUGUUAGAGGAGUUGUCUGCCGAGGAGCCGAGGCCUGGUGACGAGAAUGCUGGUAGGAAGAAGUAA